AUUUCUCGUACAAAUUCCAGGCUUAAAUUAUCAUAUGAAAAAAAUUGUUUGUAUUGAGGAUGUGAAAAUAAUCAAAAUAUCGUGGAGACUGAAUUAGACUGUUACUGAAAAAAUGAUGAAUCUCUUGAGCUGAUCAGAGUCAGGGGUGGGCGCAAUGCCAGGACCAGGUCCGCACAUGAUGUACGCGCUGGGGUCGAGCCUAGGGCUCAUGUCCACCUCCAAUGGCCGGUUCAGCCCUCACCACUCUCUCGCCUACGCCAUCAACGCCUUCUUCGGCCCCGACCUCGGCUCCUUCUCCGAGUGGCUCACUUCCACCCUUGGCUUUGGUCACUCCUUCGGCUCCGCGCUGGCUGAUGUAAUCCACGACCCCUUCUUCUACAUCGUGAUUCUGGGCCUUCCUCUCUCUUUUCUCUACUCUUGGCUCUCCAGGGUUCUUCUCCAAAGGGGUUUUCUGGAUUCCGUUUCAGGGGUACCCCUUACUAGAAGGCAAUGCUUGUUGUUGAUAUCGGCUGGUUCUUUAUCACACUUUUUCUUGGACCACUUGUUUGAGGAAAAUGGACAUUCUUCCAUGUAUACUUGGAUAUUGAGCACUGGCUGGUGGAAGAACCGUGCACCUGUCAAUCCUGAUGCUGUUGUAGUAGUUGGCUUCUUAUGUGCUUCUCUAAUUGGCGGCUUCAUCUACAUCAACAGCAGAUUGAAGCCCUCGAAGUCCAUUAAGAAACAAACGAGUCAAUCGGUGAAACUUAUUGCAAUCAUUGCAACCCUUUACUGUUUAUGGUGUGCUAGCCAGAUAUACUGGGUAAAUCCCCGUAGGGCAGCAGUUGGUGAAGAGGCUGAUCUAGGAGUCCUUGUAUUUUUAGCUGUUUAUUUCUUUCUUCCACACACUUUCUGCAUAAUGUCCAUGAAUCUAAAAGAUCAUUUUGACAUGGAGCAACUCCCAAUUUGACAACAUUAUCAUUACGACAUUUGGGAACAUCACACUUCUGCCUGAGGUACGAUGACUUGUGAAGCAACAGUUCCCUUGUCCAGUGGACCUGGCCUCCCAUGAUUCCUUGGCUAACCGCUUAAAAGUUAUUGAUUAUUUUUUGUUUUUGCAAGUUUGUACAUCUGUAAAGGGAUUGAACCCAGGUUCUAAGCCACCAUGAUAGAGUGUGAUAUUCUUUUUUUUUCCUUUUACCCUUGUUGAAUACUGCAUUGAAGAAAUAAUGACUACUUUCCUUGUUGCUCUUGCCAGUGAAUGAGAUUUGCUAUAUAAGCCGUUUGAGAUGA